AUGGCUCACCAUAUUACAUUUCUUUGGAUAAUUUUGGUCCUGCUCCUUCAGAAUUCUGUAUUAGCUGAAGAUGGGGAAAUAAGAUCAAGUUGUCGUACUGCUCCGACAGAUUUAGUUUUCAUCUUGGACGGCUCUUACAGUGUUGGCCCAGAAAACUUUGAAAUAGUGAAAAAGUGGCUUGUCAAUAUCACAAAGAACUUUGACAUAGGACCGAAGUUUAUUCAGGUUGGAGUGGUCCAGUACAGUGACUAUCCUGUCCUGGAGAUUCCCCUGGGGAGCCACAAAUCGGGAGAGAACUUGAUGGUGGCCAUGGAGUCAAUACAUUACUUGGGAGGGAACACACGGACUGGAAAGGCCAUCCAGUUUGCCCUUGAUUACCUUUUCGCCAAGUCCUCACGAUUUCUGACUAAGAUAGCAGUGGUCCUUACGGAUGGUAAAUCCCAAGAUGAAGUCAAGGAUGCUGCCGAAGCAGCGAGAGACAGUGGGAUAACGUUAUUUGCCAUUGGCGUUGGGUCAGAAACAGAAGAGGCAGAACUUAAAGCUAUUGCCAACAAACCUUCAUCUACCUACGUGUUUUAUGUGGAAGACUAUAUUGCAAUAUCCAAAAUAAGGGAGGUGAUGAAGCAGAAACUUUGUGAAGAAUCUGUCUGUCCAACAAGAAUUCCGGUGGCAGCACGUGAUGAGAAGGGGUUUGAUAUUCUUUUAGGCUUGGGUGUAAAGAAAAAGGCUAAGAAGAGAAUUCAGCUUUCACCAACAAAGAUUAAAGGAUAUGAAAUAACAUCCAAAGUUGAUUUAUCAGAAUUCACAAGCAAUGUUUUCCCAGAAGGUCUUCCUCCAUCAUACGUAUUUGUCUCCACUCAGAGAUUUAAGGUCAAGAAAAUAUGGGAUUUGUGGAGAAUUUUAACCAUUGAUGGAAGGCCACAAAUAGCAGUUACCUUAAAUGGAGUGGAUAAAACAUUAUUAUUUACAACAACCAGCAACAUUAAUGGCUCACAAGUGGUCACCUUUGCUGACCCUCGAGUUAAGACAUUAUUUGAUGAAGGCUGGCAUCAAAUUCGUCUCUUAGUAACAGAACAAGAUGUAACUCUGUUUAUUGAUGAUCAACAAAUUGAAAACAAGCUCUUACAUCCAGUGUUAGGGAUCUUCAUCAGUGGGCAAACCCAAAUUGGAAAAUACUCUGGGAAAGAAGAAACUGUUCAGUUUGAUGUCCAAAAGCUACGAAUCUACUGUGACCCAGAGCAGAACAAUCGGGAGACAGCAUGUGAAAUUCCUGGAUUUAAUGGUGAGUGCCUGAACGGUCCCAGUGAUGUAGGUUCAACGGCAGCUCCCUGCAUCUGUCCUCCAGGAAAACCAGGACUACAAGGGCCCAAAGGUGACCCCGGACAGCCUGGGAAUCCUGGCUACCGUGGACAGCCUGGUCAAGAUGGUAAGCCUGGAUAUCAGGGAAUAGCAGGAUCACCAGGUGUUCCAGGAUCCCCGGGAAUACAAGGAGCACAAGGACUGCCAGGUUACAAAGGAGAACCUGGGAGAGAUGGAGAAAAGGGUGACCGUGGACUUCCUGGUUUUCCUGGGCUUCAUGGAAUACCAGGAUCAAAGGGCGCAAAAGGUGAAAAGGGGAAUGCUGGUUUUCCUGGCCUUCCUGGACGUGCUGGAGAACCAGGAAGACAUGGAAAGGAUGGAUUAAUGGGUAGCCCUGGUUACAAGGGAGAAGCAGGACCUCCAGGUGCUCCGGGGCAGGAUGGAUCUCGAGGAGAACCUGGAAUCCCAGGAUUUCCUGGAAACCAAGGAUUAAUGGGACAAAAAGGAGACAUUGGGCCUCCAGGACCGCUAGGGAAGAAAGGCGCUCCGGGAAUACCUGGUUUGAUGGGAAGCGAUGGUUCACCAGGUCAGCCUGGAGCCCCAGGAUCUAAGGGAAAUAAGGGUGAACCUGGACUUCAAGGGCUGCCUGGGGCUUCUGGGCUCAAGGGAGAACCAGGAGUGGUGGGUCCCCCAGGAGAGCCAGGAUACCUGGGUUUACCUGGAAUUCAAGGGAAAAAGGGGGACAAAGGAAAUCAAGGUGAAAGGGGCAUUCAGGGUCAAAAGGGAGAAAGUGGAAGACCAGGGAUUCCAGGAUCACAGGGAAUUCAAGGCCAUCACGGGGCAAAAGGAGAGAGAGGUGAAAAGGGAGAGACUGGUGCUAGAGGCGCCACUGGAGCCAAAGGAGAGUCUGGGGUGGACGGUCUGAUGGGGCCCCCAGGCCCCCAGGGGCCACCUGGGAAUCCAGGUCCUCCGGGCGCCCCAGGACUGGAUGGGAAACCCGGGAGAGAAUUUUCAGAACAGUUUAUUCGACAAGUUUGCACUGAUGUAUUAAGAGCCCAUUUACCUGUCUUACUUCAAAGUGGAAGAAUUCAAAGCUGUGAUCAUUGCCAGUCCCAGCACGGCUCCCCUGGUAUUCCAGGGCCACCUGGUCCCAUGGGCCCAGAAGGUCCCCGAGGAUUCCCUGGUUUGCCAGGAAGAGAUGGUGUUCCUGGAUUAAUGGGAGCUCCAGGACGCCCAGGUGCCAAAGGAUUAAAAGGCCUCCCUGGACGGAAUGGGGCAAAGGGGAGCCAAGGACUUGGGUACCCUGGAGCACAAGGUCCUCCUGGUCCCCCAGGUCCAGAGGGUCCCCCUGGAAUAAGCAAAGAAGGUCCUCCUGGAGACCCAGGCCUCCCCGGCAAAGAUGGAGACCAUGGAAAACCCGGAAUCCAAGGACAGCCAGGCCCCCCGGGCAUCUGUGAUCCGUCGCUCUGUUUUAGUGUCAUCGUUGGAAGAGAUCCAUUUAGAAAAGGACCAAACUAUUAG